ACCCACCCCUCUGCAAAUUAGGGUUUCCUCUUUAUAAACAUUCAAUAUUAAACCCUAAUAAAGGGAAUUUAAUCCCCUCUUUUCUUUCAUCUUACAUCUUAUAGUCUUUUUCAUUGACACAAAGUCACAAAUUUUCAAACAGCCUACUCAAAGAGAAAAUAGAGUGAAGAUGUCUUCAUCAAGCUAUUCGAGUUCCCCAUGUGCAGCCUGCAAGUUUUUGAGGAGAAAAUGUAUGCCAGAUUGCAUUUUUGCACCAUAUUUCCCACCAGAGGAGCCCCAAAAAUUCGCCAAUGUUCACAAGAUAUUUGGUGCAAGCAAUGUUAGCAAACUGCUCAAUGAAGUCCCAACUUUUCAAAGGGAAGAUGCAGUGAACUCACUUGCUUAUGAAGCUGAGGCAAGACUUAAAGAUCCCGUUUAUGGCUGCGUUGGAGCCAUUUCAGUGCUGCAAAGGCAGGUUAUUACCCUACAAAGGGAAUUGGAUGCUACCAAUGCUAAUUUAUUCCGAUAUGCCUACAACGAAAUGCCACCAUUGCGACCUCCGCCGCCACCGCCACCGUCGGCAGCUGGCCAGAGUUCUGGUUUUUAUUAUCCCUAUCAGUGGAAUGAUCCUUCUGAUGAAGACAAUGAGAGAUCAAGUGGUGGAAACAUGUAAGAUGGCGUGCUUUGUAAUGUAAUGUAUACUGUAUCAUAUAUGAUUUUGUAUGUGCCAAAAUUAUUAGGUGGCUUUAGGGUUUUCUUUGUUAUAUAUGGGAUUUUGAUGAGGGACCAUGUGACAUAUCUUGGUAUUUUUUGUGAUAUGCCCUUACCCUGAAGAAUGUUAUUCUUAGUAUCUUAUUACUUUGUGUGAAAAUCAUCUUCCUAUAUGUAUAUAACAUUUGAUGCUGCUCUUUUUUCUGCCAUAUUUAUCCAAAGAUUCUAUGUAAGUUGUAUAAAUAGUAAAUUUUAUGUAGUAAUUUCUUCAUGAA